AUGCUUUGGCUUGGCCGAGCGUUUGGCUUUCGUGAAGCCCCCAAGCACAGUGACGUGCUUUCGCGGCUCUGGUGGCGGUGCUGCUACCACCACGCACGCAAGUGGUAUCCCGGUGACUGUGUCUGCGGCUGCAUUGCAGACCAUAGGACGGGGAGCGAGUGGCGCUUUGAGUCUCGCGAACGCUACACUGAGGUGUGCCCGGACGCGCGGACACCGCUGCGCGUUUUCUCUCGCCAGCACGGGUAUUGUACGGUGGAGCAUGCGCUAAAACGUGAACAAGUGGGUGCAGUUGCUUCAGUGACGCGACUCGAGGUGCCGUUGCCGUCUGGGCUGCAGCGGAACCGUGAACGAACGGGGGUCUUGUCGCCAGGGAAGCGCUUUCGACGCGAGGUAUCAUCCUCAUCAUCAUCCUCAUCAUCAUCAUCGUCGCUACCGCCGCAAAGCACUGUCGCGUCAGCGGGACCCGCUUCGGCACACUCGGCGAGCGCACCGUCCACCAGCGCUUGGUGGACCGCCCCUGGACCCACUUACUACGACGGGCGGCAUACGCAUGCCGACGAGGUUCUCCUCGGCACCGUGCUGGACUCGGAUCGCUCGGGACUACGGAACACCGUUCGUGCUUUCGCGCACGAGUACAUUGCACCCUACGCUGCCGCUAUCGACGAAGCAAACCGCUUUCCACGUGAGCAACUCUGGACAGAACUGGGCAACCUUGGUGUGCUCGGUGUGGCGACUGCAAACGCCUAUGGCGGACUCGGUUUAGGCCUCGUCGAGCAUUGUCUCGUCAUGGAAGAGCUAAGUCGAGCAUCACCGAGUAUCGGGCUCUCCUAUGGAGCGCAUUCGAAUCUCUGUAUGAUGCAGAUAGAGCGACAUGGUAGCGCUGCUCAGAAGGAGCGACUUUUGCCGCCUCUGUGCAGCGGCGUCUGGGUCGGUGCGCUAGCCAUGAGCGAAACAGGCGCUGGCUCUGAUGUCCUUGGCUCCAUGCGAACGAGCGCUUAUCAGCGCAAGCGUACUACUGCCGCCGGAGAGUUGCGUUCAGGAUGGAGUAUUCGGGGAACGAAAAUGUGGAUUACGAACGGCCCCGAUGCCGAUGUAGUCGUGGUGUAUGCGCGAACCCCGGAGCUGGAGUCGCACUCCGCAUCGACAUCGACACUGGCGGCGGUGGAGAGCGCUUCGAGUUCGUCGCUACCCAAGCAGAGCAAGCCGAAACUCACGGCGUUUGUGCUGGAGACGGCGCAGCUGGGUCCGCGAUAUCGCGUUGCACAGAAACUAGACAAGUUGGGUAUGCGCGGGAGUAAUACCUGCGAACUCGUCUUCGAUGACGUCUGGGUGCCGGAUGACGCGGUCCUUGGUGAGCCCGGCCUUGGCACCACUGUUCUCAUGGCCGGUUUGGAUGCAGAGCGGUUGGUGCUGAGCGCAGGACCGCUCGGUAUUAUGCAGGCCUGUUUGGAUGUCGUUUUGCCGUACGUUCGUGAACGUCAACAAUUCGGUAGCCCCAUUGGCACCUUUCCAUUGAUGCAAGCAAAGCUUGCGGAUAUGUACGGGGCAUUAGCAGCGAGUCGGGCGCAUACCUUUGGCGUUGCGGCAUCGGUGGACAAACUCACGAGGCAAAUAGGCGAGCCUACGCCUCCUGCGAGCAGCAAGCACGGCGGCCUGAAUCCCCAGCUGCGUCGCUUUCGCAAGGACUGCGCUUCUGUGAUUCUCCAGAAUGCGGAGCGUGCAACGCAGUGUGCAUUGCAAGCUAUCCAAGCGCUCGGUGGAAACGGGUACAUCUCGGAUUACCCAACGGGUCGGCUGUUGCGAGAUGCGAAACUCUAUGAAAUCGGGGCAGGGACGAGCGAGAUUCGCCGGAUAUUGAUCGGGCGUGAACUCUACGAGGCAUCGCAUGCAACCAAGUGA